AAUUUAACAGCCAAGUCCAUGGCCUUUUGAGUGGCUGGGUCAUAGACCUUAUCUGUAUUCAAUUCUUCACUGGACAUUGUGUUUCAAUUGGGUUAGUUAAAUGAAAAUUGUAAAGAGAUUUGAUACUUUAUGUCAAAAUCUGAUCAUAAAUUCGUAACCCUCGUAAUUGGGAACGGCGGGCUUUGAUGUCACGUUUACCCUCGAAUAUCGAUUUCUCAAAAUGUUGAAAUCAGAACACGAUUCAAGAUUCAACAACAACAACAACAACAAAUUUCAUUAAUCAAACAUCAACAAAAUGGAUCACGACGAACUCUUCACUUUACGCCAACAAUUCUUCACAGCACAAUAUGAUAAAGUUGGUUCAAUUGAACCAGAAUCAUAUUUUGAAGAAUCAAGAGAAAUCGCUAGAGAGUAUAAACUAAGGUCAUUAUUGGCACUAGGUAAAUAUGAUCAAGUUUUGGAUGCAGUUUCAGGUGGUAAUGAUGAAUUUUCCAAGACUUUUACAUUAUAUACAAAUUUCUUAAAAGGGGAAGAUGUUUCAAAAGAUUUUGAUUUAUUAGUUUCAUCAAGUUAUCAUAGUUGGAUUGUUCAAAUAUUGGGAUCUUUUUAUUUGGUUCAAAAUGAACGUUUCGAUGAGGCUAUUACAUUAUUGCAACGUCAUGAAAAUUCAUUAGAAUGUGUAUUGUUGUUGACACAAUUAUAUAUUCAUCAAAAUAAAUUGGACUUGGCUAAAAAAGAGGUUUCUCAAGCUUCUGAAUAUGCCCAGGAUAGUAUUAUUUUCAAUUUAGCUGAAGCAUAUCUAAACAGUGUUGAAAAUGGUGAAUCAUUAAGAGGUGCAUUAUAUUUUUUCGAAGAAUUAAGUCAUACAAAUCCAUCAUAUAGAUCAUUGAUUGGUCAAUUGGUUUUAAAUUUACAAUUGCAUCAAUUCCCAGAAGCUGAGGAAAUUUUCAGACAAUUGGAUGAAUUAGAAGGUGUUAAUGAUGAUGUUUUAGCUAAUCAAGUUUCAUAUGCAAGUAUUAUUGGAGAUGAAGAAUUAGUUGAAAAGAAAAGACAAGAAUUACAAAAAUCAAAUCCAAACCAUCCAACAAUUGUUGAUUAUAAUGAAAAAAAUGAAUUAUUUGAUAGUAUAGUUGCCAAAUAUUCAGAACAAAUAGUUAACUAA